AUGCGUAGUUUACGCCUGAUAGGCGCAGCAGCCUUGCUGAUCUUGCAAGUCGCAAGAUGCAACAGCGAUACAAGACCCGCCAAUGUCGUUGCUCAAGACCAUGGCCGUGGUAUUGCCAGCUCCGCAGGCAUCGCCGCCCGCGACAAUGCCCUUGAGCCAGGAAAGGCAGUUAUGAAGGAGAGCAAUAGGUUUAACCAGUCAACCAUCAGCGCAGUCGCUCUCGGCGGACGUGCUCUUAUCGCCGAGUGGCUAAACCCAGUUGCCCUCGAAAGGCGCGCGUGUACGGGUACCUACAAGGCUUCAUGCGGGGAUGGGUACUGCUGUCCUACAACUGACCGCUGUUGCUCAAACAAUGCUUACUGCAAGAAAUCCGCAGGCGACGACUGUUGCUCUGAUGGGACUUGCCCCUAUCCCUAUGUCUGUGGCGACACCUGUGAGUGCAAGUCGGCCGGUGGUGUCUGCUGUCCCGAUGGCACAAACUGCAAGGCGGGCGAUAAGUGCUGCGGCGACAGCUGCACAGACGCAGCCAAUAUCUGUUGCUCUGACGGGACGGCGUGCAGCCCGGGGAACAUAUGCGUCGCGAAUAAGAAGUACGGCUGGGACGAAUGCUGCACGAAUUCCGCCUGCACGGCAUAUGUGAAAUCCGGCGUGACGAUCACCAGGACGUCGGAUACGCCAACGAGCGCGACAGCUGCCCCGAGGACGACGGAUGUUUACCAAUACUUUUACACGACUCUCUACUUCUCGUACUACUACUACUUCUACACUUACAGGUACGAUAUCGAGGUAACAACCCUCACCUCCACCUACACAACAACGACAACGACCCUCUCCGUCUACGCAGCCAACUCCCGCACCGCCGCCAGCCAACUCAGCAGCAUGAGCAGCUCCGUCGAGGAGAACGAUUUCACCACCCCAGAACGGGCGACCACGGCGCUGAACUCCAGCCCCGCUCGGACCACCAGUGGUGCGUCAGCGACCGAUUUCCAGGACGACGGCACCAACCAGAAUGGCAGGCCUGUUGUGCCGGGGAUUGGGGUGGGAGGUCCGGGUUUGGGCAUGGGCGUCCUCCCUGGUGCUGGGACGCAGGUGGGGAUUGUGCUGGCGUGGGCGGUGGCGUGGGCGCUUGGGGCGGCGGUGGUUGCGUGGGGGAUGGUGUGGUUGUGA